AUGGGCAUUGUUCAAGAGAUUUCGGGAGCAGAACAGAGAUUUGGAGGGGUUGAGAUCAGUUUGGAACAAGCGGCAGAUAAAGUUAGUUUAGUGGAAAUAUAUGUUUGCUUACUGUAGAUGGCCGUGUGACUAAUUGUUAACUUACAAUUGAUCAUCCUUUUUAGGGUCUUUCUGGUCAUGACAAAUGAUUAUGCUUAUUAGGAGUAUAUUUAUGCACAUUAAUUAACGUCUGAUUUAUGAAUUUGACAGUCUCGAGUCGAGAAAUCGGAUGAGAUUUCCCGCCGUGAAUUGACGGAAACUAAAACAAUUUCGGAAAUCGGGGACGUCUCGAACCAGCAGCAGCAUUUUUAAGGGAAUUUUGAUGUCUAAUCUCUUCUAACUAGACUAAAAUUUAUUUUUUGUUCUUUUUUUGUAUAGAGAUUGCUCAAGUUUGGCUUAAUUGCCGGGCCAUCUGACCCCGUCAUUUCCUGUCAGAUCCCCUCCCUUAUUAAGAUCUGUUGACCCUUGACCUCUUUAUCCUUUUUUGGCCCCAUUUGGACACAAAAAACGGCCAGCUGCAGGUGGUGGCGAUCUUUUCCGUUGCCAUCGUCUUUUUUUCAUCGAUUUUUUAAUAAUUUAAUCUUGCUUUUGUCACAUAUUUUUGUGUAACUGUUCUUGCACGAUAAGACAAAUCAUAAAACAGUAAGCGAUCUCGUAUUUUAUAUUUGUUUUAUUGUUUUUUUUUCGUUACAAAAAAAGAAAAAGAACCGGCUGGUACAUUUUGCCUCGAUUCCCCAGGAAAGUCAUCCUCCAUUACGUUUUUUGGCGCGAAAUCAGUGUGUCCGAACGGCGAACGUGGAAGGAGAAAAGGAGGAAUCAAGGGGUUUGGGUGGGGAUGUUCCAAACAGACGUCGGAGGGAACGGGGAGCGGGGAUUUGGGGUACCUGACGUUCAGAAGACGCAGUCCGGGGAGGUCUCAAAUGUUGUAAUUUCCUAAAACAACACUGCUUCUAAGUUUUCACUAAAACUGCAGAUCAUUUCUGAUUACUUUAUCUUUUCUUUGAUAAUUUUUAAUCCUUUUAUUACGCAACUUUUGAUCCUUUUCUCACCCACCGUAUCCCUUUUUCUCGGCGCGAAAAUCUUGCGCAACCAUUACUUUUACAAAUCAAAUCGAAGAUAUUUUUUGUUCAAUUCAAUUCCAGACGGCUUUUCCCCCACUUCCGAUGUCUACCGUUGCAUUUACUUUGCCUCAUUUCCCUUGUUUAGCAUUACAAUGGCAUUAGAAAACUGAAAAAAAACUAGUUCUGACCCUUCUUCGGCUAUCGGCUAUUAGUCCAUCAAACGUUAUUUUGGGCUCAUUUCCCUUUACUUUGCCCGUUUUUGGGUACGCAGAGUCAACCGACCUCCGGAUUCUAGUUAAUCCAACUUUUCCAUGGAUAUUCUCGGCUAAUGAGUUAUGUAAAUACAGUUUUUUUUUGUUUAUCCGCGACUUCCAGCAGUCCUAAUCCCACUGAUUUUUGUCUACAAAGGCCGGAUCCCCCGUCUUCGCCUCCUAUUUGGCCAUAACUUUGCGCUUUUAUUUCCGGUAAUCCGAGAUUUUUAUAAUGGCGACAUCGUUGGAUCGUUUACAUUAAAAUGAUUUAUGCCCAUUUCAGAAAUCGAGGAGGGUCGAUGAUGUAUCAGGAGGAACAUGUGCCGCUACAACGGCCUUCACAAGUUCACAGGACACCCACCAAGCCUAGGUCCCGGUUCGCGGAAUGGCGCCGAAUCCGUAAAGAAUGCGGCGUCGAUGAAGCAAAACAAAGGUUUGAGAGGUAAGGCGUUCAAAGUGGACUGAUUAAUGACAAGGAGAAAGGUGUUUUCGUGUAACUUUAGGGUAGAAAAUAAGGCUUGUGAUGUGAACAUUGUUGAUGCUGAGGCCCUUUAUAAUCUAAGAUCUAAUUUGUAAUGUUGUGGGAUUCUAGAAGAUUCUAAUUGACUUCGCAGUAGACAACAUUUUCGGAAAUCUACCUGCAUAAGUUACCGCAAGGCCUGUAUUAACAAUCAGAAAGAGGAUUCGUUCUGAAUUACUCAAUAUAAUUCCUGAUCGAAUCCAUCACUUUUCAGUAUAUUCGACGCUUCCCGCACUGCCCACCUCGCUCCCUAUCUCAACGCCUCUUUGGACUCGGGGAUAUCCUCAGACAUUUCGAUGAACUCCACCUUCGACUCUACCUUCCACUCGCUGAACUCGGGUGACGCGAGUGGUCAGCGAAUGGGCGAGCGAUUUUGGGAGCCAGCCUCCUCAGCCGAGUGCGCCCCUCAAUCGCGCCGAAGAUCCGCACUUGCAACACCGGCUUCCUCGACGACGGCGGCGGCUUUCCAUUCCACCAUGCCCCGGAAUUCCACAGGUGACGCCGGCUUCGCGGCCACACAGAUUGCCCAAUGCUCUACAGCGGAUUCUGGAUUCUGGGAGAACUCUUAUGAAAGCUCGUUGGACAAGUUUGUAAGUUACUUGAGUCGUCUUUAACACUGGUUUUUGGAAGCGUUACGAAAUAGUGAUCCUUUUGGAACGCUGCCAAGAAUUAUACGGAAAUUAUUCGGAGCAUGGGAGGGUUUUCCGCAGAAACAAUAUACCGUUUUACAACCAAUUGAAGACUUUAGAAAUACCUAUUGAACUUGGAGGUCAGACGAUCCUGCAUAUAUUAUUCUAUAGGUUUCUUUUGUUGCGGGAAAACGGAUUAAAUCAGUCGUAAUAUUUAUGCGAUACUUACUUCUAUAAAAGGCGAGGCUGUAAAGCAAAUGUUGGUCUGAUGGGAUGUCUUUCCGAUGACUUUUUGAUAUUCGAAUUCCUUCGCUUGUCAAUCAAAAAGACGCCUUAUUCCCCCGCCUUUGUUUCGGCCUGUAGAUUACCCGAAGCGGCCUUCUCUUCACACCUGGAGUGCAAUUGUUACCCCAGGUAAAAUCACAUCUGCUUUGAGAGAUCUUGUAUAUUAAAUGGCCGCCCAUUCUCAGCCAGCGAGCGGUAUUAUCCAUGUUAGAUUGUCAUCCCAUGUUUACUCAAUUACCCUCAGUAUUCAUAUCUCCGAUCCGUCGACCUGCGAACACUUAUUGCGCAAUAUUUCCGGGGACACUUGUCGCUCUGGAUAUAUUAUAUUAUACACGGGGCCUAAAAAAUGUAAAUUAAGCUCUUGCGUAAUAUCCGAUUUUCGGGAGAUCUCAGUCAGCAAAUUCCGUAAGAUAUAUGAGAGAGUGCGCAUUUUUUGGAGGAAGCGGAAGGAGUAAACGGGAAACGAAGAGAAGGACAGACAGCUAAAGAGAAAUAAUUACAGAGCGCCAGAGAAAUCAUUAUUAAACGGAACAUCUGCGAAAAGUGAACGGCCGUCGGCUGACUCAAAAUGAAGCGGAUUAAGACAGCUGCAAAACGGUCGCAUUACUUCCCCACAUUGCUGUAGAUUCGCGGGGAUCAAGGCUAUAGACGAUAAGUUAAUAUAAGAAAAGGAUGCGCGUUAUUGCUCGUAAAUAAGCUAUUGCAUAACAAAUACCAAACCUGUCAGAAAAUAAUCUGUUUUUAUCGAAAAGUCAUAAAAUUUGUAUUACACAACCCAUGUGUCGGUAUCUCGAAACGAAGGAUUUAGAGUAAAUUGUAGCAUAAAAAAAAACAGCGAAUUCGAUGGUUUCGGAUGCUCUCCGAAUAAACGUUCACGACGUCGAGAAUAAUCACUUCUUUCCAGCAGGAUGGACCCAUCUUCGAGUCGUCUCCCGACCUGAAGACCCCGUUGAGCAUGUUCAAGAAGAAUGUCAAUUCAAGCAACUCGCCAUUGCGAAGUUUCUUCAUUAGAAGAUCUCCGCAGAACAAGAUCAACCUUUUCAAAUCGCCUCAUCCAACAAUUGGUAAGUUUUUAAAACGAGAGUUACAUGAUUUCAGGUAAUAUUUUUGGAAAUUAUUAUGGCAUGUCCAAUAUAAAUUCGAUUUGCAGGUGUUCAUAUCGACGGAUCGUACGUUCAUGGUCUGAGCCACCCUAAGAGCAUUCUUAGCUUCCAAAAUGUGGAAGACGAGCCUUGCAGUUCUUCUGGAGGCACUUCAAAUAACACUUCCAUUCUUUCGGCAGCCGAAACGCCAAGUAAACAUGUUCAUGACGAGGUAAGUUACGUCAGUUAUAACGAUAUGUACCUAAUGCAGUUUGGUCCUUUUUUGUUCUUAUUGUUUACUGUUAUUCCAGGAGUUCCGCGUCUUCUCUUCGACCUAUUCUCCAUCAAAGGCCGUGUUUCAAGAUAUGAUGUCUCCUAGUAGAUACAUCUAUAACAGUCAAGACUUUUCAAUAUUUGAGGAAAGAAGUCCAUUGAAACAACUAUCGCCCAACAAGUAUCAAGACUUUUGUCCUAGGACUGUAACGAAGAGGCCUCCUUCAGCAUUCGAUGGUCCUGUAGCCAAAGUGGCUAAAGUUUCUGAUGUCAAUGACGAAACGAAGAUCGGGCAAAUGAGCGUUUCAAACUCUUCAAGGAUCAGAGUGAGGAAUUUCGAAUGUUUUAUAGAUUUGACCAUGGUUAUCUCGUUCUAGACUUUAUCUGAUAUUAUUUUAGACUCCCCAGUUCAGCCAACGAAUGCGUGAAAUGAUCGUUGGUCAAUCGAAAGAGCAGAUUGAAGUACUGAACAUGGCCAGGCGAUUCUUCGAAAGAUUUGAAUCCGAAGUUCCAGAGCAGAUUCCAUUAUUCGAAACUGAAGAGGAAUUCGAUUCUUUUGACUGGGAAAGAUACGAAAUUAGAUAUGGGAGAUUGAUCAAGAAACGACGAGUUAUCAAGUUGUAG